AUGCGUGUAUUUCUCUGGAAUUCAUUUGCCAUAGCCCUGUGCCCGCAGAUCUUCGAUGCGGUCGUGGGCAAUAUAUCGGGGUGGAUCAGCCUCAUCGCUAACAGCUCGGACCCGGACACACGAGGUCAACCCUUUGCCUCGGGCGACACGCAGGAGAUGGCCUUUGUAAGUGAGCUGCUGUUCAGGGACCAGUUUCCUCGCGACAAUGCGACGACGGUGAACGCCCUCGUUGUAGAGUUCCAACAAUAUCAGCGUCGGUUUUACAAGGAGGAGCAAGCAGGCUACAAUCAACGCAUCCUGGAUUGGCUUUCCCAACAACCAGCGACAACAGGACUCAACUUCACCGUCACCACCGACAUAAGUUUGGUGUGGUCGGUCGUGUGA